AGGGUACUUUCUGCUCCGUCCGUGGCUGCGGUGCACAUGGGUGUAUGCGAUAACGGCGGUUUUAACCUCUCGCGACAAAAUAAUGUAUAUUGCUGGAUAAACGCAAAUAGAUUAGAAAGUGGGGAGUGUGAAAUCAUAAGGAAAUAAUUAUAAAUAUAUACUUGCUACAACACUGAUAAAAUGGUAUUUUUGACACGAGUUUUAGCUUGCGCGAAAAAGCCACUAAGGAAACACCUACGUUCGAGUUUCAUUGACACGCUUCGUCUUCACGUCAGGGCAGGUACAGGAGGUUCUGGAUUGCCUACUUACGGUGGGUUGGGCGGCGUAGGAGGUAGCGUGUACGUGGUUGCAAAAGAUGGGUUAACAUUGGAGAAUGUUGUCAAGGCCUUGAAAACUAAACGGAUCAAAGCCGACUCAGGAGGUGACAGUUCAGCAAGGGGAAUUAUAGGUAAACCCGGCGAAGACAUGAUUAUUCCAAUUCCACGUGGUAUUACUGUAUAUAACCAGAAUGGAGUAGUGUUAGGAGAACUAAAUGAAGAGGACUCGAAACUACUAAUAGCCAGAGGUGGCUCAGGUGGCUCUUCGGAAACAGGUUUCUGUGGACUGAAGGGAGAAUCUCAGACGAUAAUGUUGGAUUUAAAAUUGAUUGCCGAUGUCGGAUUAGUUGGCUUUCCCAACGCUGGCAAAAGCACAUUUUUGGCAGCAACUUCAAAUGCCAAGCCUAAAAUCGCCGCUUAUCCCUUUACUACCAUAAGGCCCAGACUAGGAAUCAUGAAGUAUAACGAUUUGAGAACGAUUACCGUUGCAGACUUACCAGGUCUGAUUGAGGGAGCGCAUAUGAAUAUUGGGAUGGGUCACAGAUUCUUAAAACACGUUGAAAGGACGAAACUACUUAUGUUCAUUGUGGACAUACAGGGAUUUCAAUUGUCACCCAGGCAUGGACGUAGAUCCUGCUUGGAAACUGUAGUCUUGUUGAACAAAGAGAUCGAACUCUACAAACCAGACUUGUUAAAAAUGCCAGCUAUGAUUAUACUUAAUAAAAUGGACACUGACAAUGCUGAUAACAUUCUCAAACAAGUUACACCGGUGCUGCACAAUUUAUCAAGCUACGUGUCUACGUGCCCGGAGGAAAUACGGCCCGAACAAGUGAUACGUUUCGAUGAAAUUUUGCCGGCAUCUUUAAUCUCGAAAGAUAAUAAAAUGAUAAAAACGAUCAAAGACAAGGUACGGAGAAUAUUAGAUAAAUAUGAGGAGAAGAAAUAUGCCGAGCAAUAUGAUAACUUGAACUCUCAGCUAAUAGAGAAGGUAAAUUGGCAACUUAAGGAGCAUACGCCGACCGCUGUAUAAAUAUGUAACAUAUAUAAAUAAAUGUUUUGUCAAAA